AGGGGGCAAGAGAAGGAUAGACAGCCUUUUGAGACCCCUCGGUGACCAGUUUAGUUCUGCUUGGCAUUCGAACCGCACCAGAGAUCAUGUGACAGAAGACAAGCUAGGAUCCUCGCGCACACUUCGAUACAGGAUCUGUUUGGAGCAAGUUAGAUCGUUACGAGAUACAGUGGCUUGCCGAUCGAUCGCGAUCCACAGUUUACGAGUAAGGUAUAGUACGUUAUCGAAUGUCACCUGUUAUGAUUGAAUCGGAGAGGAAGACAGUGUGCAAAAACGGUCGAUAAUACACGUACAAGGACGUCGCUGAAUAGAUAUCGCAUUUCCCUUCCGUGUUUCAACAGAGUAUCAAGGAUGACCGCUUCUAAAGCGGCAGAGCUGCGAUCGUGACGGCACACGCAACACGUGCACUCUGUUUAAAUCAACAAACGUCAAGCGGCCACGUAAAAACGGGCAGCAUACAUUAACGAAGAGGAAACCAGGAAAGUGCAGGACCACUGUUCUCUUUUUCCCUCUCUUUCUUUCUAUCAACACGGCUCGCGGUACAUGCUCGCCAUAAAUGACACUUGUGAAAUCAACGCACACAUUUUCACCGCUCCGAGCGAGGAACUGUAGAAAAGAGGGUCGUUGACAGCCAGCACGCGUGACAAAUAUACCAGUGCAUCCUUUAGUGUUUCCUUUCCCUGUGAAAUUAAAAAGAAAACGUUCCAUUUUUUCGCGUUUGUCCCGGCUCGUGAUCCGAUUUACACACCUGUCACGCGUGAAAAUUAAAUUCUCGCUUCCUCGGCUUUGUGUGUCAUCUGUGUUCGGACUUCGUGCUCGUUAAUUUGGCGAAGAACACUGGAAGCCGUCACAAAGAAUUGCGAAAAGCAGAUAUGAGGUCGACCGGUCGCCACGCGAUCUAAUAAUAUCGCGAGUGGAUCGUUGAACCUCGCUUCCUUUCUUUCCACGUGUCCAUCGGGCGCAGAGGGAAAUAAAUCAGCAACUUUCACCGAACACCGUCGACAACAGUAGCUCAUAAAGCAUGUCGGGGGACACGACGUCCGACGAAGAGGGAUCGCAGGAGGAUUCGCCGCGAUACGACAUCGACGAUCUGGAAAUCAUCAAAACCAUAGGUACAGGCACUUUUGGCAGAGUGGUGCUAUGCAGGCACCAAGGAACUCCCUUAGCGUUGAAAAUCCUCUCAAUGGUAGACGUGAUCAGAUUGAAACAAGUGGAACACGUACGAAACGAAAUCACCGUAUUGAAAGAGGUCAAGCAUCCCUUUAUCGUGAACAUGCUCUGGAGCGGAAGGGACGAGGCGAGAGUAUACAUGCUGUUAGAAUUCGUAGCCGGUGGCGAGCUUUUCUCUUAUUUGAGAGCAGCUGGCCGAUUUUCCGGACCCACCAGCUGCUUCUAUGCAGCAGAAAUCGUCUGUGCCUUGGAAUACUUGCACACCAAACACAUCGUUUACAGGGACCUAAAGCCUGAGAACCUUCUCUUGGACAGCCAGGGCCACCUGAAAAUUACAGACUUCGGUUUCUCCAAGAAACUCACGGAUAGGACGUGGACUUUGUGCGGCACUCCCGAGUAUUUGGCGCCGGAAAUAAUUCAGAGCAAAGGACACAAUAAAGCUGUAGACUGGUGGGCCCUCGGUGUUCUCAUCUACGAAAUGUUAGCGGGCUUUCCGCCAUUUUUCGAUGACAAUCCCUUUGGCAUCUAUGAGAAGAUAUUAAGUGGAAGAAUAGAAUGGCCAAAACAUAUGGAUCCAAUCGCCAAGGAUCUCAUCAAGAAGCUUCUGAUCGCAGAUCGAACGAAGAGACUAGGGAACAUGAGACAGGGGGCUGAUGACGUGAAGAGGCAUCGCUGGUUUAAAUUAGUCGAAUGGCCAUUGGUGCCGCAGAGAGCCCUGACACCACCAAUAAGACCACGAGUAAAAGCGCCAGGUGACCCAAGCUGUUUCGACGAUUAUCCUGAAACCGAUUGGCGUUCCCAGCCUCCCUUGCCACCGGAACAACUGGCUCUGUUUCAAGAUUUCUAAAAGAAACGUCAUGGACAAUCGUUCGAACAUUCGAACCAUGCCAGGCAUUCAUUGACGCAAAUUCAUUCGAAGAGCUUCCAUGUCGUGAUUAGGAUCGUCGAGUUAACAGCAUUGUGAUGUGUAUAAAGUUUCUCUUACGUUCAAGCGUAAGGGAGUAUCUUUUUAUUUUGUACAUAUAGCAGCCCUCUUUUGUAUUAUUUGGUUGUGCACCUCGUUUAUUUAUUCGUACUCGCUGCGUAGGCUAGGCAUUUUUCUUCGUUGUUUUACGUUGUAAAUAAAAAAAAAAAAGGAAUGGAAAGAGAAGAACGAUGUAACACGAAGGAGAAACUGUAAUCUCAAAUCAAUUUUCAUCUCAUGAAGUGAAAUUGCUUGAGAAUAUAUGUUCCUUCUCACACAAAGAAGUGAUAAAAAGUGAUGACAGAAAUGGUCAUAAUUUUGUAAGUUGUUAUAUGUAAAGUAUUGUAACGAUGUAUCGUGCGGUUGUACGCUACACAUCGGAAGAGAAUUAAAUCAUGAAUUUUUUAAAUUUCAA